AUUCCAGUUUUCUAUGCCUCGUCGACCAACACUCCAACAUGGCUGCUUUGUAGAGGCUCCUUGGCCAGCGCUACGACACGGGAAAAUGUCCUGCUGAGGAUUAGUAUGGCCGAUGUGGGCGACAAGGCAACCAGAAAUAAGAAGAAGAUUCGCAAAGUGUAUCAGAAGCCUGACAGGGAAUUUGAGACCUUUUUGCCUGACAGCAUGCGAGCUCCAGCAAUCCAGGUGUUAGGGAAGCCUCCCCAUGAGUACAAGGGUGGCUCUAGCACCUACCCCAAUCACUAUGAACACCCUCAUCCCCACAACUGGGAGAAGCGAGGUGGAGGCCGCUACCAUGACGACUGGGAUAAGAGGGGCAGUUAUGGGAGCGGGAUGCUCAAGAUCAGCGAGGGCGGCCGCAACACCAUCUUCACUCGUGAUGCAGGUCGACCACCCGGACGUGGCCAGGAGGCAGACAGAGGAGACCCUGAUGGCUCCCAGAAUGUCACCACGCCCACGCCUGUUAUUUUAUCCAGGGCACGCAGCAACAGCGAGAACCGGUCAACCUCACCCAACCCGUCGGUGACUGCUGUGAGGAAGGAUUCAGUUCCCAGUGUAGUGACGGGAGGAAGUUCCAGUAGCCAGCAGUACCAGAUCGCUUCAAAGCCCCUCAUGGAAGCCUCCUUGACCCCAGAAAGGAUGAUGAAGGGUCCUGCACGACUACUGGAUGAGACCCUUAAUCUGUGUGACGACCUUGCUUCGUACCUGCUGGACCAGAGCAACUUCAUGGUGGUGGCUCUGAUGGGGACUCAAGGAGUUGGCAAGUCUGUUCUGGCCUCUCUCUUUGUGGAUCCUGAGACAGAUAUAAAUAAGAUGAGAGCCAAAAAAUCCUCAUCCACCAGGUCAUGCACUUUCCGGCCAGAGAGCUUGGAGCAGCUGAUGUCGGGAUGCCAUGGCACCAAUGGCAUUGACAUCUACAUCACCAGCCAUCGCCUCUUCAUCCUCGACUGCCAGCCACUCCUCUCGCCCUCCAUUAUGGACCGCAUUGUCACCCAGGAAAAGAAGUUCACAUCAGACUACAAUUCAACGGAGAACCUGAUGGAAGUGGAGUCCCUGCAGCUGCUGACGCUGGUGAUGAGCAUUGCCCACGUGGUCGUCCUUGUGCAGGAUUCUGGUACGGAUCCCAAUCUGAUUCGCCUCCUGCAGACAUGCGAGAUGAUGAAACCUUCGUCUUCCUCCACACCAUCCUCCUCUUCCUCUUCACCCUCAGCCCCGUCAGGAGGGGAUGAGACACAGCAGUACUUUCCGCAUGUGGUGUUUGUGCACAACCGUGCUCCCUCCCAUCAUUUUUCUCCCUCCACCUUGAAGAAGCUGCAGGGUGUAUACCAGGAAGCCUUUAUGGGCUCGUGCCUGGAGAAUGAGAGUCGAAUAGGGGCUUGCAAUGGCCUCACAUAUGCUCCACUGGCCCAGACAUCAUGUGGAAGUCUGGUCAACCUCUUCUUGUUGCCAGACUUGCGCUCUCAGCCCCAGAGUCAUGUGAGGUUCUCUGAAGCCCUGCGUGAGAUGCGACGGCAGGUGUUGAGUUUGCGCCGUCUGCCCCUUACCCACCUCACACUUACAGAGAAAUCCUGGUACCAGUAUGUGUGCCGCACAUGGGAGAGUGUGCGGAAGUGGAGCCUCUUCGUGGAGUACAGCCGCCUGCUGCCUUGAGCGGUGCCGGUGCUUGUAUCUGGACAUCUCCUGCCUGGCAUCAUCACCCUAGCUCUGUGGGUGUUGUGCCGCCCGUGACAGACGCCUGUCGCCACUCACUGCCCUGCUCUGCUCCCCACAUGGGACUGUCGCAGCCGGUCGGCUUGGCCCCGCCCCUGCCCCUCCCUCACCCCCCAUGCCUCACAGCCUGCUGUGUGGAAGGGUCAUCAACCUGAGGGGGUCAGUGUGCAUGUGGGCACCGUGCCCAGCUGUGGGAGUGGCACUGCGUCGUAUGUUGUUUGGAGCUGCAUCCCAUAGGCCGUGUCUAUGGGGGCAGCAGUAAUCUGGCCCAACUGCUGUGUUGGGCCAACCAAGGUCGCAAGAUGUUUUUGUAUCGAAGUUACCCAUUACUCUCUUGAGCCGAUGUGUGGCCCAGAGCUCUCAGCUGCACGCAGCAAUGCAAGAAAACUUUUCCUACUCUGAUGGUUCAGAUGGAGAACGUACUUGCAACAUUGCAUGUGCAAAGAGAGAGCAAAGUACUGGGGGCACACAGCUGCUGAAGAAGGUGAUGGGUAAGCGACUACAAGAACAACACCAAAGCUACAUCCCUGACCCUCCCGACAUGGGUCCUGGCUGUCUGUUCGUCACAUUAUUCAUCAUUAACAAAGGUGUGGUGAACACAGCAAUUCAGGAAAUUCACUAAUAUGGCAAUGAUUUUGCAAAACACUGAGAGAGUAAAUUAAAUUAUUACUGGUAGUUUUCAUUUCGUGCAAUAGCAUUAAUCAACAGGUAAAGUUUCCCUUAUCGAGAUUUUUACCUGAAUUCUCAAUCGUUACUUGACUUUUGGAAGUCUUGCUUUCUUCACACCUAUCAUAUUCAACAGUAUUAAAAAAAAAGAAAAAAGAAAAAAAAAAGAGAGAGAAAGAGAGAGACAGACAGACAGACAGACAGAAAAAUCUAAGUAUUAAGACUCCAGAUGCUUUCAAAUAAUGAUUGAUAAUUCAGUUACUUGUUUAUGCUACUUCACACAACAUGCAAAGAUUUUGUGAUCCAAGAUGCUCAGAGUUGUCUCAUACACAAAAUCAAGCCAACUGCCGUCUGCUCUUCUAUAGCCCUCACAUCGGCAAUAUACAUCUGUGUCUUACCUUUAUAAUGUCUACUUGGUGAUAUUUUCAUGUCCAUCACCUUCCCUUCAGUCUUAAAAACACCUUAAAAGUCUGCCGGCAGUAUCUGCUUGAUGCUUGACUUUGGUUGUCAGUGUUAGAACUUAAUGCCAAAUUAAUCAACACCACUAAACACAGACACUUUUACUCACUCACGCAAGACUUCUGUAUCAUUUAUAAUUGAUGCUGGUUCUAGUGAUAUGUUUGUCAUGUGACAUUUCUGUAGAAGGGUUUAAACCUUCACUCACAGAUAAUAGUUUGUGUUUAUUUCAAGAGUUUAAACAUGGUGAUGAUUAUCAAUUACUUUCUGAUCACUUGAUAUGCCUGACAGUGAGAGCAUUGUCGGAGGCUGGCUGGCUGGCUGGCAGAACAUAUUCGGGUACUGAUAAUAGCUAUGCAUCUUUUGUACCAACAGCCAGCACUACUGUUAGGUUCAGUAACCCAUCCCUGAUCAACAAACUUGGGAGAGGUUGAGGUAAACUUUGGUGGAAAGCCUUGACCAUUUUAUGCCAGCCUCUCCAAGCAAGAGUAAUAUUUAGUAAUAUCUUACAGGUUCCGUGUAACACAUAUAAGUUAACCAUAAGUGGAGCAUGAAACACACUUGACAAAGGUUGCUAGGAUGAGGAUUAAGAUAGAUUUCUUGGCUCAGAAUUAGAGAAGGAUAAAGAUAAGGAAGAAAGCAAUCCUGUAGGAAUCCGUCUCCUAUCAUUUAUUCUGCCUUUUAUGAUCCUGGCUCAUCAGUAUGUGAAUCAGCCACCUCAUGUUAGCAGCAGGAAAUGCAUCUUAUGUAUUUCAUCUUCCUAUUAGCCAAACUAUGAGUCUUAGGAAAGCACUUGGGUCAGCUGACUCUUGAUGCAAGUCAAGAGGAGGGGUAAAAAGUAGAAAAAUCUUCAAAUAUUCAUUCAUGAUUGUUAGUCAUGAAUAUUUAUAUUUAUGUUUAUUAUUGUUAUUUUCAUUUUUCAUAUUCAUGGAUUACCAUCUUUAAAGAGCAAGAGAUAUUGUAACACAUGGCUGAAGUUUCUCUCCGACGGCAAGAUUCAAAGGGAAAGUGGGUGUGAGGUAGGAAGGGUUAAACGAGAAAUGAGAAAAUCAGGAAUUUAAUCAGAAAACCCUCUCUCAUGAAUGUGUUCAAUUUUCUUUAUCCAGGAGUAGGAAAUGUAUAAAAUAUAUAUCCUGUAACACUAAAAGCCAUGGUAAAAAUACACUUUUCAAACAAGUUAUUAUUUACAGGAAAAAAACUUUUUAAGAAACCAACAUUUAAAAAGCCUGCUUCGCUUGAAGGGGACUCUUCUGUAGGGUGAAAACUCCAGUAGUUUGGCAAAGUCGCUUCACUAUCUUAGUCGUGUAAUGUGUCUGCCAAGAUAUAUUUCUAUAGCUCCCGACAAAGCUUGUUUGCCUAUUAUGUUAUAUAUGAAUUUCUGAAUGAAUGGAAUACUCUGUGAAAGUCGUCACUCUUGUCAUGGUGUCCCGAGUAGGUCAUAUAAACCUACUUCUGUGAGGCUGAAUUGGCAUUUGCAGAGUGAAUGCAAAUUGCCACACCUUUUCAGCUCAUUCAUGGAAGUUUCAAGCAGAUAAUUUAAGUUAACAAAGAAUAACCUGUUAAUUGAAUUGGGGGGGAAAUUAUAACAUUGAGGAAAAAAUACUGUAUGAUAUGUGCUUAGUUUUGUUUGAGGAAAUUGUUUUGUUCGUAUUGGUAUUAAAUGUUUCAAAAGUCAUUACACUUCUUUUAUUUGUCUUUAUUUAUAUCAUUUGACACUGAACAGUAAUUCAGACUAAAUUGGUUUUUACUCUUUUUUUUAAAUAUUUUGUUUUACUUUUACUUUUUCUUUUUCCUUUUUUCCAUGGUAACUGUCAUCCCUGUAGUGUAGGUAAGCUUUUUGUAGCACAUUUCUGCAUACCUGUUCAUUUUCAUGAUGCCCCUGUUAAUGCUUUCUUUGGUUAUGGUGCAGUGGUUAUUAUCAUGUAUUAUGCUCCUCUUGCUGGAUAACACAUUUAUGUGGUAACUCUAUAGAAGUCCCUGUUGUCUUGACAGUAUUUGAUAAUAUACAUUGCUCGCUCUCCUUUCCUUUGUUUAGUUGUAGCCUAAGUUCCCUUGGUAUGGAAGCACUGGUAAGUUAUGUAGUCUAUGUAGCUGCCUUUCUAUUGAGAAUAUGCAUUGAAUGCGGAAAUGUAUGUGUGGUGAACCAAGUAGUGAGGACGAAAGCUUGCAAAGUGUAACCAAACCGAGAAACGGUUUGAUAGAAUACAAAGCACAGGAUGAACAGUUUGAUAGAUGAAAGAUAGUUAUGAUAGUUCAUCAGGUGAAAGAUCACAUGUACACCUGGCUCUCCAGACUGCUUAGCCAGGUAGGAAUUUGUGUAAAUUAACUGAACACUCUGAGACGUAGGGAUAACCGUGAUUCCUGGCAAUUUUGGCACUAGGUAGAGGAAUAAAGCAGUGCAUUCAGAGAAUAGAAAGCUAACUUUGUUUUGAAAUCGUGUCUUGAGUAACUGAAAUGCAGCCUUAGCAAUGAUAGCUUUCUCCUGUCGUUGAGUUGUUUCCUCGAGUGGAAAAUUUCAUGUUGUUGCUUUUAUCUUUGUAGUUCAUCACAGUAAAGGCAAAUAGCCAAAUGUCCAGUUCAUACCACCCUUAUGAAGGUCAAAGGAUUUGUUCUUUGCAAGAAAGAAAAAUUUCAAUUGAGAUGCACUGGGAGAAGAAUCGGAAGCAUGAAUUAAGAAGUAUCAGAAGUAACAAGAGGCUGUAAUAUCUGUGUAAGACAUAUUUAAUAUACAAAAUAUGUAAAAUAUACAGCUGAAAGUGA